AUGAAUGUCCGGCCUCCAGCAUCUACUCUGGACAGGAGUGUGGAUACACCACUGGCGUUGUUGCCUGAUGCACCUCCUUUGGAAGAGGACACGGUCCACUGUCAGAACUGGCAGGAGACAGUGGAGCCGCACACACUCGCCUCUCUCGGCUCCCGGGAGAUCGAACGGCAGGCUGUCAUAUAUGAGCUGUUCACAACGGAAGCAUCUCACCUGCGGACUCUCAGGGUUCUCGAUCAGGUGUUCUUCCAGAAGAUGAGGAACCUUUUGACCGUCGAAGAACUUUCCUGUAUCUUCCCCAACCUGCCCCAGGUCUACAGUCUUCAUGCGAAUCUGUGUGAGUCCAUGAAGAGGCUGAGGGACUCUCCUAUAGUUCAAGGCAUAGGAGACAUCAUGGUGUCUAGAUUUGAAGACGCUGCAGGAGAGGAGUUCCAGGAGCAGGUGUCUCACCUGUGCAGUCAGCAGAGUCAGGCACUGGAGCUCAUUAAAAAUAAACGCAAAGACCCGCGUUUCGCGCACCUUAUACAGGAAUGUGAAGCCAGCCCUCACUGCCGCCGACUACAGUUAAAGGACCUUCUAGUGUCUGAGAUGCAGAGACUCACCAAAUACCCCUUGCUGCUGGAUAACAUCAUCAGACACACAGAAGCUGGUUCUCCAGACCUGCAGCCAUUGCUGAGGGCACAGGCGUGCUGCCGUGGGAUACUACGAGCUGUCAAUGAGGUCGUCAGGGAGACGGAGCACCGGCGACAGCUCAGCCGUUAUCAGCGCAGGCUAGACUUGUCCCCUCUGGAGAGGCAGGCCAGUCCUGUCGCUGCUCAGUUCAAGAAUCUGGACCUGACCACUAAAAAACUGAUCCACGAAGGACCGUUGACUUGGAAAGUUAACAAAGAUAAAGCUAUAGACAUUCAUGCUCUGCUUCUCUCAGACAUGUUGGUGCUACUCCAAAGGGGUUCAGGUGACCGUUUGAUCUUGCGAUGUCCAGCGCGCUCACUGGGUGGGGUUUGGGGUAGGAACACGGACCUCAAAACCCCCUUUUGCCCCGUUGUUCGCUUGGAUUCAUCUCUUGUCAGAUCUGUGGCUACAGAUAACAAGGCCUUGUAUGUGAUCAGUACAUCAGAGAGACAGAUAUACGAGCUGGUGGCUGGGACUUCCUCUGAGAAAAACACAUGGAAGAACCUGUUAGAAAAGACCAUCUCCUCGGCCUCUGGAGGCAGUGAAGCCACCAAGCAAGGAUCAACAGCUAUCCCAACUGACCAAUCAGAAGCCUACAUGCAUACUGGUGGGCAGGGUUAUGUGGGAGGACGAGCUAAAAUGGCUGAUGCUGCUCUUCAAGAUGUCAGGACACUAAGACUGUUGAUCCUUGGAUCCUUGGAUCCUUUAGAGGCUGCCAGUCAGAAGCAGAAAGUGACAUCAUUGUCCUCACAGCAAGAAGGGCAGGAGAUGCCUUGCCAGUCACCAAAAGGCCGUUCACACCUGGAGAUGCUGAGGCAUGAAACGAGGCCCUGCCAAUCACGAGCAAGCAUACGGCAGCGCAUGAUAAAAAAUGUGGAUGGAAUCUUUCAAAGAAUGGAGGGACUGAUGAAAAAGCUGCAUCAGCUUAGGGAGAUUGAAGCACUGUAGACUGCUCACAAUG